UUUCCUCUUUUUCUCCAGCUGCUUUGUGUUUUGAAUUGCAGGUACUGCUCGAUGCUGGAAAACUGCUGGAACUAUCCAAAACAAUGAUCACACCAUAAAAUCUAUUUGCCACCAAACUUUGUAAAAGGAAAAAAAAAAAAGAAGAAAUCAGAGUCACAGUUGCAAAUACAUCUCGCACAUCAGAUUAAAAACUUGUAUUAGCCACCAUGUUGUCAGUCAGUGUGGCUCUCCUGUUUCUUUGUACUAUCCACCUGCCCCUCCACUCCUCCGCCCCUCCCUUUGAGCAGAAAGAAUUCUUGGACUUUGGCAAGGACAUUGAUGUGAAGGAGCUGAUGAUGAUGAUGAAAGACCAGGAAGAAGGCUCAGCUGUGGGUCCAUAUCAACCUGAACACCCCACGUGUCCAUUUGGCUGUCGGUGUGACCGCAGAGUGGUACAGUGCUCGGAUUUAGGUUUAGGUUAUGUGCCAUAUGAUAUUCCUGCGGACACACUGUUGUUGGACCUUCAGAGCAACAGGAUCACAGAGAUAAGAGAGGGAGAUUUUAAGGGACUGACCAACCUCUAUGCUCUCGUGUUAAGAUAUAAUCAAAUCUCCAAAACUCACCCCAAGGCUUUCGUCCCUUUGAAGCGUUUACAAAAGUUAUACAUCUCCCACAACCUUCUGACCUCCAUUCCCAAAAACCUGCCUCCAUCCCUGGUGGAGCUGCGUAUCCAUGACAACCACAUCAAGAAGGUUCCGGCAUUAAGCUUCUCAGGCCUGCAAAACAUGCAUGUCAUUGAGAUGGGCCGUAAUCCUAUCCAGAACAGUGGUUUCGAACCUGGUGCUUUCAUGGGCCUUAAACUGAACUACUUGCGCAUUUCUGAAUCCAAGCUCACUGGCGUGCCCAGAGACCUUCCCAGCAGUCUUAAUGAGCUUCAUUUGGACAAUAAUCAUAUUCAGGCCAUUGAGAUGGUGGACCUCAGCCAGUACACCCAUCUGCAGAGGUUAGGCCUUGGCAAUAACCAGAUUCGCCACAUUGAGCAUGGCGCUUUGUCUUACCUGUCCAAUCUGAGAGAGUUGCACCUUGAGAACAACCGUCUCUCCAAUGUGCCAAGUGGACUGCCUCAUAUGAAGUAUCUGCAGGUUGUCUACCUCCAUUCAAACAAUAUCACUGAGGUUGGGGUAGAUGACUUCUGCCCUACGAGUUUCGGGAUGAAAAGAGUCUUCUACAAUGGCAUCAGUCUCUUUGACAACCCAAUUAGGUACUGGGAGGUGCAGCCAUCUACCUUCCGCUGUGUCAGUGGCCACAUGGCUGUACAGUUCGGCAACCACAAGAAAUAAAAGAUGCACUCCUUGGGAAUCACAAAACCAGUCGAGUGGAAGAAUUAGGGGGGAAAAGGGAUUUGUAAAUCAUCAAGAUAUUUGAGUGAAGAGAAUGGAUGCACAUUUCCAUGGAGGCAUAUUUUGGAAGAAACAUGGCCUCCAUACAAAAUAAUUUUGUCAACCCAAAUUGGUGUGUUAUUCCCUGCUGAAUAAAUCAUUGACAUUUAAUGCA